GGAAAAUCUGUUCAUUUUUCUGAUAACAAUAAGUAAAAAAGUUUAAUUUAAUGAAUUAAUCAUUCAACUGAGAUAUGCCUCGACAAUCGAUGUUAAAAUGUGCUCUAUUUUCAGUACUCGUUUUUGCUCUGUUUGACUACAUAUCGGCUGUCAACAACCAUUAUGGAACAAUAUCAGUAGUAGGACCAGCUUUUGUGAACAGGGAGGUAACACUGAAAGCGACACCAUUCUACCCUUGGGGAUGUCACGUAGAGUGGAAAUACAUUAUUGACGGACAAACACAAGUUCAAACAAUGGAUGCUGACUUUGCUACAAGAUAUUCGGAAGAUAAAUCAUUCUUUUUGAAAUGGAAGGCUACAGCUGCAUACAACAAAUCUGUCUUCUACGCCAGAUGUUCAACCAACACAACGAUUAGAACAAGCAUGGUAUCUUUAAAUAUGACAGAUAUUGUUGGACAAUGUGGAACUCUCGUGCUUUUAAACCAAGUUGUUCACGCCGCGGACGUCAAAUUAGGAUACUUUCCGUCUGACCUUUCUCUAUAUUACGAAACAUUCCUUACACGAAAAUGGAAGAAGAACAGCGAAGAUAUAAAGCUACGCGAAGGUUAUUACGCAGAGGAAACAGUAUCUGAAUAUCUGUACACAUUAACGGUACUCAACUUUGAUAAAAAAGAUGAGGGCUCAUAUGCUUUAGAAUGCAAUCCAGCAGAAACCACGGACUAUGUACAACUUUUUUUUCCAGAGCGACCGAGUUACCCCGUUCUCGGUCCAAUGUCCCCUGACUUUAAUACAACAAAAUGCAUUUAUGUUUAUGGAGGCUCCGACUUGUAUUGCAAAACUGAAAACGGGACUGAACCCGUACAUGUCGUACUUAAGCUGGACCAUAAUUCAUUUGUUCUUGCUGAAAGCAAAACAAUCAAAGGGUUGUACCGAUUCCAUGACGCUUAUCAACGAAUGGCUGGUCUGUCAAGACAAAAUGUGACAUGCCAAGUUUCAAAUGCAGCCCUUGAAACAUCCUACGACGUGCAUGGCAUUCUCUGUAACGUAGAGAAAGGUAGCCCGCCCAUGUUAACAGUUCCUGAAUUCCUUGAUGGAGAAGGUUCGACAACAAUCUGUGAAGUGCAGAAUGCUAUCCCAGCUCCGGCAAUAAAAAUACGCGUUGGCACAGUUUUGCUAGCUGAUGUUCAACAAACGGAUUCAUUUAAUAUAUAUUCUAACACGUUUACAAGUCGUGCAAAGGCGAGAAAGACUAAUAAAACGUGGAAUGGAAAACAAAUGUGUUGCACCAGGGAUAGUAAACAUGAUUUUGGUUUAACAGAAAUGUCAAUAUGCGUAAAUAUCAGUAUAAAAUAUCCCCCGUCGGAUCUUUCCAUAUUCGUCAACAAAAUACAUAAAUAUAGCAACAAUGUUCCUGUCUGUUUUUUAAACAUGUCUUGUGAAACGGAUGCAUCGAAUCCGCCAUGCAGAAUUGAAUGGGCAAGCGACAACGAUAUUUUAAGAUACGUACAAAGCAACAACUGGACGAAUAGAACAAGUGGGAGUUACCGUUCUAUUUCCAACGUGUUCUUCAACGCCACUAAAGACAUGGCUGGUGGAACUAUUACAUGUUCAGCAAGAUGCGAUCAUUUUCCAUCGCAUUUGAAUGCAAGCUAUGCAAUAUCGUGUUUUGGAAGUCAACCCCAUGAUAAUGGCAAUCAGUCAUUUUCUUCAACAUCCCGAUUUCCUGUCAAAAAUGUUCUUAUUGGAACAGGCGUUUUCUGUGGACUCUGCAUCUUGCUUAUGAUAGGAAUCGGAAGAUGUGUAUUAGAUAAACGGCGAAAGGUCAGCGGAAUCAACACAAUAGAGAUUGUUGAAAAUCACAGUGACGCAUCGACGGACAAUGGCGCGCUACACAUAGCAACGGAAGGAGUCCAGUACGCAGUUGCGCAGAGGCAGACGGCAACACAGAGGAUUGAAACACAGCAACCACAUGGUGAGGACGGCCUUACGUACGCCGAUAUAGACAUCAAGUUCCUACAGGAAGCUAACGCUAGAGUUCUGGCAAGGAAAAAAUAACAUGCCGACAGAGUAUGCUGACAAUGAGUUUUUCUCAACACAGAAAUCUGCUUAAGAAGUGCAAUGGUACCACAAUAUACCAGCGCAGAUCUCUUGGUCAAAGACAAAACAAUAAUAGAAAUAUACUGGCCUAUUUUAUUGUUUUUAUACUGUAAUGCCUAUGAUAAUGUUUAUGCUUGAACGUUUUUUUUAUUAUAACAGAAAUGACUAUUUCUAAAACAAAGACCAAUUAAAAACAAAACUGAAAAAAAAUAAUUAUUUAUAUGAAUUAUAAUACUGGAAUAGUGAAUGUUGAUUAAACAAUCGAUUUAUUCGGCACUAAGAGUGGGUCUCUAUACAUGAACUCUUUUCUGACUGCCUUCAGUGAAUGGUAGCUUUUACUCUUAUACAUAUGAAGACAUUAUAAUUACUGAAAUACUUUUUCCCGAAAUUGACAUUUAUAUAAACAGGUAUACACAUUUGUAUGACAGGCAAACAAAUCGUUAGGUUACAAACAGUUUUGAAAUUCACUUCAUUUAAUACUAAUUACAAUAUAAAACAGGUUACAUUUUUGUAUUUGUUUUGUAUAUAUGUCGUUUAGAUAUACGAGCCUUAGACAUUACACAUUGUAAGAGAGCACAGCUUUUUUAAAUUGUUACCAUAUCCUGUUAUAGGUACUCUCUUCUUCAUUGUUACUAAUGUUUCCUUUACCACGCCUAAUUGUUUAGGAAAGGUAUGGGACUACGAUAUAAACCAUUAUUAUCUUCACUCAAAUAUUUUGUUUAAAAUUGAAUGUUCUGCUAACAGUAAUGGAAUAUGUAUUUGAUAGCAGUUUGUUGUGCAAUGACUCACACUACAUUUUAGAUUGACUUACAUUGUUUUCUUAAUUCGUUGAACACUUUCAUUUGAAUUCACCCCAAAACGAUAGCUAAGAUGUCAUCCCCAAAAACAUGUGAACGUUCGUGUUAAUAUGCAAAACUCACAUAUCCUGGAGAAACAACUAUUGUAUGUAUAUAGCUUGUCAUUAUUUUAAAUAUUCAUUAUAAACUUGUGUUUUUAAAUUCCAGAAGUUUUGUGACAAUGUAUUUAUUGGAUUAAGUUUAGUUGGAAUUGAGUAUUCUUAUUUUGUUCCCCAUAUCUACGUUUUAGUUUAAGGUGUAUAAAGUAAUUGCAGAUAAUUGGAAUGUUCCAUGUUUUUAUCCACGGAAUAAGUAGGUGUAUGAUAUUUUAUGACGUUGAAUCUGUACGCUAGUUUACCAGUCAUCAGGAAUACUAAGGAUGUGUGUGUGAAAUUUUAGAAUAUCACUUGCAUGUUCGAUAAAUAUUACACCCUUGUCAUACCACUUUUUAUAUUAAAAUGCUUUGUUAUUGGUUAAUUGUAGUUUGCUGUUGUUCCAUAUGAUUUCUUCUGAUAUUAUCACAGCAUCGUAUUUGAAAAUGUAUAGUACCCAUAAUUGCAUUACAUUCAUUGAUUUAAUUAGAUAACUAUUGUUUGACAGGUCAUUGUGGCUGCCUUAAGUGUAUUGCGUUCAUCCCUAGGCUAGUGAAAAGCACAACAUGUACAGUAUGUUAUAUAUGUAACUUAGUUGAAGAAUAUUUUGUUAAAUAUAUUUCGGUAUGAGAUUUCUUUUAAAUAUUUAACAAAUGCUUGUAAUUUUGUCUCGAUAUGUUGGGUUAUGAGCCGAAAUAUAUUUAAUUGAAUUAAUUGAAAACAAUAUAUAAUUAUAUUUCAUGGUAACAUUUAUAUCGUUUGAAAUUGAUUUGUACAUAUUAUCAUUGUAAUUAUGCAUUAGAGACAUAAAAUUAUAUGUUUGAAUUCACAUCCACCCAUUUUGCAUCAUAUGACUUGCAAUGCAUGUAUCGUGGACCAUA